CGACAGGAUAUAAUAAUCACUUGCAACCUGAACGGUCUCGAACAGAGCACGGAGAACAGCAGCGGUCGGUAGUCGACAUCGGAGAAGUGAACGAGCCUGAGAGAAAACGGAGCCUUUGUUUUCAGAAGCAGCAGGGAGCAGAACCGGAGGAAAGAUGAUGAGUUUUCUGCCAUACUUCUCCGCUGAGACCUGGACCUUCCUGGCCCUCCUCAUCACCCUCAUUGUAGUGUACGGGUACUGGCCCUACGGUGUAUUCACUAAGAUGGGUAUCCCUGGUCCCAAACCCCUACCUUACUUUGGCACAAUGAUGGAGUAUAAAAAGGGCAUGAAUAACUUUGACACAGAGUGCUUUCAGAAGUAUGGGAGAAUUUGGGGGAUCUAUGAUGGGAGGCAGCCUGUUCUGUGUAUCAUGGACAAAAGCAUGAUCAAGACCGUCCUGAUUAAAGAGUGUUACAACAUCUUCACCAACCGCAGGAACAUCAUUCUGAACGGUGAGCUGUUUGAUGCGGUGUCCAUUGCCGAGGACGAUACAUGGAGACGGAUCCGUAGUGUCCUCUCACCUUCCUUUACCUCUGGACGACUAAAGGAGAUGUUUGGUAUCAUGAAGCAGCACUCUACUAACCUGCUGAAUGGAAUGAAGAAGCAGGCAGAUAAAGACCAGACCAUCGAAGUGAAGGAGUUCUUUGGGCCCUACAGUAUGGACGUGGUCACCAGCACAGCUUUCAGUGUGGACAUUGACUCUCUGAACAACCCUUCAGACCCCUUCGUCUCCAACGUCAAGAAGAUGCUCAAGUUCGACCUGUUCAACCCCCUGUUCCUCCUAGUCGUGUUGUUUCCCUUCACAGGUCCUAUCUUGGAGAAGAUGAAGUUUUCUUUCUUCCCGUCUGCGGUGACAGACUUCUUUUAUGCCGCGCUGGCGAAGAUCAAAUCUGGACGUGACUCUGGGAACUCUACCAGUCGGGUGGAUUUCUUACAAAUGAUGAUCGACUCUCAGAAAUGCAACGACACGAAGACAGGAGGGGAACCGACUAAAGGACUGACUGAUCAUGAGAUCUUGUCUCAGGCCAUGAUCUUCAUCUUCGGUGGCUACGAGACCAGCAGCAGUACUAUGAGUUUCCUGGCCUAUAACCUGGCAACCAACCCCCACACCAUGACCAAACUGCAGGAGGAGAUAGAUACUGUGUUCCCCAACAAGGCUCCAAUCCAGUACGAAGCUCUGAUGCAGAUGGACUAUUUGGACUGUGUGUUGAACGAGUCUAUGAGACUGUACCCCAUCGCCCCUCGACUGGAGAGGGUCGCCAAGAAGACGGUGGAGAUUAACGGCAUCGUCAUCCCCAAAGACUGCGUUGUCCUGGUUCCCACGUGGACCCUCCACCGUGACCCAGAGAUCUGGUCCAACCCUGAGGAGUUCAAACCAGAGAGGUUCAGUAAGGAGAACAAGGAGCCUAUUGAUCCAUACACGUACAUGCCGUUUGGGGCGGGGCCCAGGAACUGUAUCGGGAUGCGAUUCGCCAUGAUCAUGAUCAAACUGGCCAUGGUUGAGCUCCUCCAGAGUUUCACUUUCUCCGUCUGCGACGAGACCGAGAUCCCUUUGGAGAUUGACAACCAGGGUUUUCUGAUGCCAAAACGACCAAUCAAACUGAGGCUGGAGCACCGUAGCAACACCCUUAGCAACACCACCGCCACCUCUCUGUAGAGUCCAACAACGUGACCGAAUGCUGGAGCACCCCACCCUGUAUUACCCUAGAGCACCCCACCCUACCCUAGGGCACCCUACCCUUCCCUGGAGAACCCUACCAUAUACAGUGGGGCAAACAAGUAUUUAGUCAGCCACCAAUUGUGCAAGUUCUCCCAAUUAAAAAAAAGACGAGAGGCCUGUAAUUUUCAUCAUAGGUCCACUUCAACUAUGACAGACAAAAUUAUUUAAAAAAAUCCAGAAAAUCACAUUGUAUGAUUUUUAAUUAAUGUAUUUGCAAAUGAUGGUGGAAAAUAAGUAUUUGGUCACCUACAAACAAGCAAGAUUUCUGGUUCUCACAGACCUGUAACUUCUUCUUUGAGAGGCUCCUCUGUCCUCCACUCGUUACCUGUAUUAAUAGCAACUGUUUGAACUUGUUAUCAGUAGAAAAGACACCUGUCCACAACCUCAAACAGUCACACACACAAUGAAUGUUCAGUUCAAUCAGAAAUGACCUUUAAAAUGGCACAUAGCUGACAAAGCGCUGGGAUUGAAUCCUGGUCUCAGUCUCAUGCUUGGUUUGAGUAGGACUCAGAAACCCAUUUCCACCAGAUAACAGAGAGAUAGAAAUACUAUGGAUGCAUUAGAGGUACAUGUCUUGUUAAAGUUAAACACCAGGGGUAUUAAAUCCAUGGCAUGAUGUCAUGUCUGGAUCCUGCACACUGGUGGCUGGAAUUCUCCUAGAAUGUAGAACUCUAGCUGGUGUUCUCUAGAACUAUACUCUCAUUCUGUUCCUCUGGGUGUUCUGCUGUCCAGUCAUUCCAAAAUAGAAUCUUUACUGUCUGUUGAGAUGAUCCCUGCAGCUGCUUGGUUUUAACUUGAAUCAUCACAAACCAAUAAAAUCCUCACACUAAUGAACAA